GAUGUCACCGUUUUAAUGCUGACGCUGAUGUUCACUCGAGCGUGUGUUUGAACCAAAAGUAUUGAGAUUUAACACAUAAUCACAAUCGUAAAACUUUCUCCAAAAUGAGCACAAUGUUUGCAGAUACGAUUCUGAUUGUGUUUAUAUCUAUUUGCACGGCAUUAUUAGCGGAAGGAAUAACAUGGGCUCUUGUAUACCGCACAGACAAGUACAAGAGACUAAAGGCAGAGGUUGAAAAACAAAGUAAAAAACUGGAGAAAAAGAAAGAGACAAUUACUGAAUCAGCUGGGCGUCAGCAGAAGAAAAAAAUUGAGAGACAAGAGGAGAAACUCAAGAACAAUAACAGAGACCUGUCCAUGGUACGGAUGAAGUCGAUGUUUGCCAUUGGCUUUUGCUUCACUGCAUUGAUGGGCAUGUUCAAUUCCAUCUUUGAUGGUCGUGUUGUGGCCAAGCUUCCAUUUGUCCCCUUAUCCUAUAUCCAAGGCCUCUCACACCGCAACCUACUUGGUGAAGAUUACACUGAUUGUUCAUUCAUCUUCCUCUACAUCCUGUGCACCAUGUCAAUUAGACAGAAUAUCCAGAAGAUGCUUGGUCUCGCUCCCUCUCGUGCAGCCACCAAACAGGCUGGAGGAUUUUUAGGACCACCUCCACAAGCUGCCAAGUUUUCAUAAAUAUUUGUACACAGUGAGAUCCCUACAUAGGAAGUGGACACCCUCUGCUGUACAUUGUGUGAACAACAGAGUUUGUUUGUCAGAUUGUGCAGCUACCAAUAUCUGUGGUGACCAAUGAAGUCAUAGAAUUGUCAGUCUUUUAUUAUUUUAUUUUUUGCUGUUUGUUUGCUUUUUCCCAUUUUUAGUUUUAGGUAAAUUACUACAUUUAUAAGUUAUAUGUAGUCAGAAGUUUUUAACUGAACAAUAUUGAGUAAACAGUUAUGAAUGUAAAUUCAUAUUAAUAGCAUUUCUGUAAAUGCUUCAAGUACAUUUACAAGUCAACUUACUGUAUCUGUUUAUCAGAGGUUUAAAAAUAUUUUGUAAUUUAUUAUCUUAUGAUUAACUACAAGACAUGCUAAUAAAUAUAACAUUAAUAUUGAGAUCCCGGGAUGUUUAAUUUUUGUUCAUUGACUAAUAAAAUUGUUGAUUACUGUGUACCCCCUGAAUUGUUAGAAUGUU